CUUUGUUUUUCUCUCUUUCAAACGACUGGUUGUUUUAUCGUCUACAACACUCACAAACAGCAAACACAAUCAUAAAACCCCUUUCUCUUCUUUUCCCCCCUCUUCCUUCUAGAAAAAUUUUCCCUCUUUUUUCCCCCCUUCUCCCUCCCUCUCUCUUAGGGUUUCGGAGGCCGCUCCACUGCGGGGACUAGGUAGAGAUUGGUGUAGAGAAGAGAGAUUGCUCAACACUGCUCUGCUUGCGCCACGGCUCUUUCUGUUUGUUCUUGUUCUUAGGGUUUAUCAGUAAUCCCAGUCAAAUCCUCGAUAAACCCCUCCAGAAAAUGGCGUCCCUCGCCCUGGCCGCCGAACGACUCAGGGAUUUGUCCCAGCCUAUUGAUGUCUCCUUGCUCGAUGCCACCGUCGGUGCUUUCUACGGCACUGGAUCUAAGGACGAGAGAGCAGCAGCGGAUAGGAUUUUGCAGGAAUUGCAAGGUAAUCCAGACAUGUGGCUCCAAGUGGUGCACAUUUUGCAGAACACAAAGAAUAUGAAUACCAAGUUCUUUGCCUUGCAGGUCCUAGAGGGUGUUAUAAAGUACAGAUGGAAUGCAUUGCCAGGAGAGCAACGAGAUGGGAUGAAGAACUACAUAUCUGAAGUCAUCGUGCAGCUUUCAAGUAAUGAGAGUUCUUUUCGUCAAGAAAGGCUGUACGUGAACAAGCUCAAUGUCAUUUUAGUCCAGAUUUUGAAGCAUGAAUGGCCAUCUAGGUGGCGUAGUUUUAUUCCUGAUCUAGUAGCAGCUGCAAAAACCAGUGAAACAAUUUGUGAGAAUUGCAUGGCAAUUUUGAAACUUCUGAGUGAAGAAGUUUUUGAUUUCUCUCGAGGGGAGAUGACCCAGCAAAAGAUAAAGGAACUUAAACAAUCCUUGAACAGCGAGUUUCAACUCAUUCAUGAGUUAUGCUUAUACGUACUUUCGGCAUCUCAAAGAACAGAGCUCAUUCGAGCAACACUGUCUACUCUACAUGCUUUUCUUUCUUGGAUCCCGUUGGGCUACAUUUUUGAAUCCCCGCUGUUGGAAACACUUCUGAAGUAUUUCCCAAUGGCAUCAUAUCGAAAUCUGGCCCUCCAGUGUCUGACCGAGGUUGCUGCUCUUAGUUUUGGCGACUUUUACAAUGUGCAGUAUGUCACGAUGUACAACUUUUUCAUGGUCCAGUUGCAGGUCAUACUCCCACCGGCCACUAGUAUUCCAGAUGCAUACACUAAUGGAUCUAGUGAAGAGCAGGCCUUUAUUCAGAAUUUGGCGCUGUUUUUUACUUCCUUUUACAAGGCAAGUUUCCUCUCUAGAUUCUCUUUACAAUUGCUAAUGAUGCCACAUCAAGUGUUUGGAGAUGAUGAACAUAAUUACUUUUGUUACAUUGUGGAGGACGAUAUUAAAUAUCCUGGUGCUCAUAUCCGGAUACUGGAGUCUACCCAGGAAAAUAUGUCUGCUCUUCUAAUGGGUCUUGAAUAUCUCAUUAACAUAUCAUAUGUUGAUGACACUGAAGUUUUCAAGGUUUGCUUGGAUUAUUGGAACUCCUUGGUGUUGGAGCUCUUUGAGGCCCAUCAUAAUUUGGACAAUCCUGCAGCUACUGCGAACAUGAUGGGGCUGCAGGUGCCUUUGCUUCAUGGCCUAGUUGAUGGCAUAGGUUCUCAAAUCGUGCAGCGGAGGCAGCUUUAUGCUGGUACAAUGUCGAAGUUGCGAAUGCUUAUGAUCUGUCGUAUGGCUAAACCUGAAGAGGUUCUAAUAGUCGAAGAUGAAAAUGGAAAUAUUGUUCGUGAAACCUUGAAAGACAAUGAUGUGCUUGUUCAAUACAAGAUCAUGCGAGAAACGUUGAUCUACUUGUCACAUCUUGAUCAUGAAGACACAGAAAAGCAGAUGCUGAAAAAGUUGAGCAAACAAUUAACUGGGGAGGAUUGGAGUUGGAACAACUUAAACACUCUAUGCUGGGCGAUAGGGUCCAUCUCUGGUUCCAUGAUGGAAGAACAGGAAAACAGAUUUCUGGUUAUGGUCAUCCGUGACUUGUUGAAUUUGUGCGAAAUCACAAAAGGAAAAGACAACAAAGCUGUUAUUGCAAGCAACAUCAUGUAUGUUGUUGGACAGUAUCCACGAUUUCUUAGAGCUCAUUGGAAGUUUCUGAAGACUGUAGUCAAUAAACUGUUUGAGUUCAUGCAUGAGACUCACCCAGGAGUUCAGGAUAUGGCUUGUGACACCUUCCUGAAAAUUGUUCAGAAAUGCAAGCGCAAGUUUGUUAUCGUACAGGUUGGGGAAAGCGAACCCUUCGUAUCUGAACUUUUGUCUGGCCUUGCAACCACUGUUGGUGAUCUUGAGCCUCAUCAAAUUCAUUCAUUCUAUGAAUCUGUUGGACAUAUGAUUCAUGCAGAAUCUGAUCCACAGAAGAGAGAUGAAUAUUUGCAGAGGCUCAUGAAUCUGCCAAACGAGAAAUGGGCUGAGAUUAUAGCGUCUGCUCGUCAAAGUGUCGAUUUUCUGAAAGAUCAAGAUGUGAUUCGAACUGUUCUUAAUAUACUGCAGACAAAUACCAGUGCCGCAACUUCUCUUGGAACUUGCUUCUUACCCCAGAUAUCUCUGAUCUUUUUGGACAUGCUUAAUGUGUACAGAAUGUAUAGUGAGCUUAUAUCAAGUACUAUUGCAAAUGGUGGGCCUUUUGCGUCACGAACAUCAUAUGUAAAACUAUUAAGGUCCGUUAAAAGGGAAACACUUAAGCUCAUUGAGACGUUUUUGGACAAGGCUGAGGAUCAGCCUCAGAUUGGGAAGCAAUUUGUGCCUCCAAUGAUGGAUCCUGUUCUUGGAGACUAUGCUAGAAAUUUGCCUGAUGCUAGAGAAUCUGAGGUUCUCUCACUCUUUGCGACCAUUAUAAACAAGUAUAAGGCUACAAUGAUAGAUGACGUUCCUCGCAUUUUCGAAGCCGUCUUUCAGUGUACUUUGGAGAUGAUUACCAAAAAUUUCGAAGACUACCCCGAGCAUCGCCUCAAGUUCUUUUCACUACUUCGGGCAAUUGCAACCCACUGUUUUCCUGCUUUGAUUCAUUUGUCCAGUCCGCAAUUGAAGCUGGUAAUGGAUUCAAUUAUAUGGGCUUUCCGGCAUACAGAGCGGAAUAUAGCCGAGACAGGGUUGAACUUGUUAUUAGAGAUGCUCAAGAACUUCCAGGCGUCAGAGUUCUGUAAUCAGUUCUACCAGACCUACUUUGUGACGAUUGAGCAGGAGACAUUUGCAGUGCUGACGGACACAUUUCACAAACCUGGCUUUAAGCUGCAUGUCUUGGUGCUACAGCACUUGUUCUGCUUGGUUGAGAGUGGGGCGCUGACAGAGCCUUUGUGGGAUGCUGCAACUGUUCCUUAUCCUUACCCGAAUAACGCAAUGUUUGUUCGAGAGUAUACAAUCAAGCUAUUGGGCACGUCGUUCCCCAAUAUGACUGUAGCAGAGGUUGGUCAAUUUGUGAAUGGGCUAUUUGAAUCGAGAAACGAGUUAUCAGGAUUCAAAGAUCGUAUUAGAGAUUUCCUUGUGCAAUCAAAAGAAUUUUCAGCUCAGGACAAUAAGGACCUUUAUGCUGAAGAGGCUGCUGCUCAGAGGGAAAGAGAGAGGCAGCGGAUGCUUUCUAUUCCGGGGCUUAUUGCCCCUAAUGAGAUACAAGACGAGAUGUUGGAUUCGUAGAAGGCUUUUUCCCCUCGAUAGAGCAGCAUAGUUUUUCUGUGGGUGAAUUUGGGAGAGGUUCCGUGUCGGGGUAAGAUGAUUCCAGUUUCGUAAGGAGGAAAUGAAUGUUGAAUUGGAUAUACCACAUCUACAGUUUCCCCUAGAUGCCCCCUGAAAGUUUUCAAUUGGUAAUGGAAGGAGUGAAUAUUUGAGCGGAAGAGUGAUGUUGGGCAUAUUGCCAAAAGGGAUGUUUGGGUCAAUUAGAUGGCUUUUGGGCUGUAGAGUUGGUAGCUUGCUAAUGUAGGGAAAAGAAGAUGAUAUUGGUUUAUAGUCGAGGGUUCAUUUGUACGGGUUUUGUAGGGUGGGGAUCCAGCUUCGUACCUGUAUAAUUCGAUAAUCAUGAUCACUGGUAGCGUGGGGAUCAAGCUGUUUAAAAGCUGCCUCUCUGUUUUUUUGGUUUUCCAUCACUUCAUCUGAUGAAUCUUUAUUUAGGCAUAAUGUGACCAUGGGAAAAUUCAAAAAUACUAACAAUUGGUGGGUUGUGCAGAACU